CUUCUAUGUAACUUAGACUCUGAAGCCUUUAUAAAUUGAUCGUAGUAUGUUUUUCCAUCAAGAAAAGCAUUCAGCAAAAUUAAGAAUAUGUUUUUGUGGGUUUGGGAAAGUUACACAAUACUUACCAGGUCACUAGGCUACUGUUCUAACGAAAUUAGAACAGAUACAUUUCACAUUUGUAGUGUUAAUGACCACAUGGCUGAGCAAUUCAUACAAAUCACGUAGCCUAAUCGAAAAUAGAGUGAAAACGAUAUAUUGAUAGGAUGUUGUAUGUUACAAUCCAUAUCACGGCAAUUUGUAUCAACGUCUUGCACUUACAUUACGCUAUUCAAAUUAAGGUCACUGGCCUUUUCUCCACGGAAUACAGUAGAAAACAUCUCUGGUAGGUUAUCCUAUUGAAAUCAGUCAUGGGACAGGGGUUCGAGACGGGUUUUAGAUUGUCACGUGACUAAACUUUUCAAGACUUUAGUGUUGCAUAAUAUCUGGCCAAUCAUUCACAUCACUACUUCUUCGUUGUAUUUGCUCAGCUUAUCACAAGGGGACUUGAUUGGGGGGGAAAGUAAAGGCUUCAGCUGAUUAUUUUCUUACAUUCCAUGUAGUCUUGCGUUUCAAGCAACGUUUUAGAAGUACCUACAUAUUCUGUUACUGGGCACCACCUGACGCAUUCGCUUCUCCAUGGGGCACUAAAUAUAGCAGACUGGCCUCUAUUUAACCAUUUUGGUUUGAUGCCAAAGCGCUAUGGAACAAUUAAGGAGAGAUAAUCCAUUGACAAAAGCUAAUUUCAUUUCAAAAUUGUUUUUUUGCUGGUUAAACCCAUUUUUUCGAAUUGGUCACAAACGGAGGCUUGAGGAAGAUGACAUGUAUGAAGUGCCCACGGAGGAUGGAUCAGAGAGAUUGGGAGAAGAAUUACAAAGGUUCUGGAAUCAGGAGGUUGAACGAACUACUAAGGAGCUCCGAACACCUGAACUGACCAAAGUCAUUAUCAAGUGCUAUGGGAAAUCCUACGCGGUGCUGGGCAUCUUUACUUUCAUUGCAGAGGUGAUAAAAGUGAUCCAGCCGGUCUUCUUGGGGAAGCUGAUCUUGUACUUUGAGGACUAUGACCCAGAUGACAUGACAAAACUGUAUGAGGCCUUAGGCUAUGCUGCUGGUUUGUCUGUGUCCACCCUUGGCCUGACCGCCUUGUACCACCUCUACUUCUACUACGUCCAGAGAGCAGGCAUGAAGAUCAGAGUGGCCAUGUGUCACAUGAUCUACAAAAAGGCCCUUCGACUGAGCAGUUCAGCUAUGGGAAGGACAACCACCGGACAAAUUGUAAACCUCUUGUCAAAUGAUGUGAACAGGUUUGAUGAGGUUACCAUCAACCUGCAUUACCUUUGGGUCGGCCCCCUGCAGGUGGCUGGGGUCACUGUGCUCCUGUGGUAUGAGGUUGGACCCUCGUGUCUGGCUGGCAUCGCAGUCAUCGUCCUCAUGGUGCCUCUCCAGACCCUAGUGGGGAGACUCUUUGGGAUCUUCAGGAGUCAAACCGCUGUCCUCACAGACGACAGGAUCCGCACCAUGAAUGAGGUGGUGUCUGGAAUCAGGAUCAUCAAGAUGUACGCGUGGGAGAAGCCCUUCUCAGCACUGGUCCAUGAAGUAAGGAGAAAAGAGAUCAACCAAAUCAUGAACAGCUCCUACCUGCGAGGUCUCAACAUGGCCUCCUUCUUCGCGGCCAGUAAGGUCAUCGUCUUUGUGACCUUCACCGUCUACGUUCUCCUGGGGAACCCCAUCUCAGCCAGCCGGGUGUUUGUUACCGUGUCCCUCUACGGAACCAUCAAGCUCACUGUCACCCUCUUCUGUCCUCUGGCCGUUGAGAAGCUGUCUGAGUCCAUCGUCAGCUUUCGCAGGAUCAAUAACUUCCUCCUGCUGGAUGAGAUUGAAAGACCAAGUGUGGGACUGUCACAUGAUGAGAAGAGGCCAGCCUCAGUGGAGAUCCAAGACUUGGUCUGCUACUGGGACAAGAGUCUGGAUGCCCUGUCUCUUCUGAACGUCUCCCUCACAGUGACGUCAGAACAGCUCUUGGCUGUCAUUGGACCUGUUGGAGCUGGAAAGUCCUCUUUGCUCAGCUCCAUCCUUGGAGAGCUGCCUCAUGACAAGGGGGUGCUGAAGGUCCGAGGUCAGCUGGCCUACGCUUGCCAGCAGCCCUGGGUGUUCCCUGGAACCAUCCGCAGCAACAUCCUGUUUGGUAAAGAGUUCCACCCCCUGAAGUACGAGAAGGUUCUGAGAGCCUGCGCCCUCAAGAGGGACAUGGAGCUGCUGCCAGACGGAGACCUGACUCUGAUCGGGGACCGAGGAGCCACCCUCAGCGGGGGACAGAAGGCUCGCGUCAACCUGGCCAGGGCUGUGUACCAGGACGCUGACAUCUACCUGCUGGAUGACCCUCUGAGUGCUGUGGAUGCGGAGGUCGGGAGACACCUGUUUGAACAGUGUAUCUGUGGUCUGCUGAAGCAUAAACCUCGUAUACUGGUGACUCACCAGCUGCAGUACCUGAAAGCAGCAAACCAGAUCCUCGUCCUGAAAGAGGGUCACAUGGUGGCACGGGGGACCUACAAUGAGCUGCAGUCCUCUGGUCUGGACUUCACCUCCCUGCUGAAGAAGGAUGAGGAAGAGGAAGAGCAACCUGCCCCAGGGACAGAGACCAGCAGCCAUUCCUCACAAAGACUUGCCCUUUCUCAGAGUUCUUGUUCCCAAACAUCUUUGCCACAGACAGUUACAGAUGGAGCAGAUGAUCUGCCUGUGCAAACAGUCAGGAGAGCAACGGAGGAGAGUCGACUGGAGGGGAAUAUUGGCUUCAGUGCCUAUGUGAAGUACUUUCAAGCAGGCGCCAGCCUCUUUCUGCUACUGGCCACAUUCCUGCUGAGUGUGACAGCCGAGACUGCAUAUGUACUCCAGGACUGGUGGCUGGCAUAUUGGGCUGGAGAGCAGGACAAACUCAACGUUACAGCGUCGGUCCAAAACGGACGCCCUGAAGAGCUUGAUCUCCGCUUUUACCUGGGCCUAUACGCAAGUUUGACUCUGGCCUCGGUCGUCUUCGGCUUCGCAAGGAACCUCGUGAUCUUCAACAUCUUGGUGCGAUCUACUCAGACCUUACACAACCGCAUGUUCAACGCCAUACUGCGGACACACGUGCGCUUCUUUGACAUCAACCCAAUUGGGAGAGUUCUCAACAGGGUUUCCAAAGACAUUGGCCAGCUGGACUCCAUGCUGCCUUUAACCUUUGUGGACUGCUACCAGUUGCUUCUUCAGAACAUUGGCGUGGUUGCUGUGGCGGCCUCGGUCAUGCCCCUGAUCCUGGUCCCUGUCUUUCCGCUGCUUUUGGCCUUCCUGUUCCUGCGACGCUACUACUUGCAGACCUCACGAGACGUGAAACGCCUCGAGUCCACCUCUCGGAGUCCAGUGUUUUCCCACCUGUCCUCGUCCCUCCAAGGCCUGUGGACGAUCCGAGCCUUCAGUGCAGAGGAGAGGUUCCAGAACACCUUUGACGCACACCAGGACCUGCACUCAGAGGCCUGGUUCCUGUUCCUGACCACCUCUCGCUGGUUUGCACUCCGCCUCGACAUCAUGUGCUCCAUCUUCAUCACCAUCACCACCUUUGGCUGCCUCAUUCUCAGAGAUGGGCUGGGAGCGGGAGCAGUGGGUCUGGUGCUGUCCUAUGCCCUGACACUCCUGGGAAACUUCCAGUGGACUGUGCGCCAGAGUGCAGAAUUGGAGAACAUGAUGACGUCUGUUGAAAGAGUGGUGGAGUACACAGAGCUGGAGAGUGAAGCACCCUGGGAAACCCAGAAGCGCCCUCCCCCCGACUGGCCCAGCCAAGGCCUCAUCCACUUCGACCGGGUCAGCUUCUCCUACAGCGCAGAUGGACCAAUGGUCCUAAAAGACUUGAAGGCUGUUUUCAGACCCAAAGAAAAGGUUGGCAUUGUGGGGAGGACGGGAGCAGGGAAGAGCUCCCUGGUCUCUGCUCUCUUCCGCCUGGUAGAGCCUGAGGGCAGGAUCUACAUAGACGGGGUUUUGACCUCUGAGAUCGGCCUCCAUGAUCUGCGCCAGAAGAUGUCCAUCAUUCCUCAGGACCCAGUGCUGUUUACUGGCACCAUGAGAAAGAACCUGGACCCCUUCGACCAGCACAGUGAUGAAGACCUGUGGAAUUCUCUGGAUGAGGUCCAGCUCAAGGCUGCGGUGGAAGAGCUCCCCAACAAGAUGGAGACGGUGCUAGCUGAGUCGGGCUCCAACUUCAGCGUGGGCCAGAGACAGCUGGUGUGUCUGGCCCGAGCCAUCCUGAGGAAGAACCGCAUCCUCGUGAUCGAUGAGGCCACAGCCAACGUGGACCCCAGGACAGACGCGCUGAUCCAGGAAACGAUACGAGACAAGUUCAGAGACUGCACCGUGCUAACCAUCGCCCACCGCCUCAACACCAUCAUAGACAGUGACCGUAUACUGGUCCUAGACAACGGUGUGAUCAUGGAGUUUGAUGAUCCCUACACCCUGCUCCAGAACCAGGACGGUGCUCUCUACAAUCUGGUCCAACAAACAGGCAAGAUGGAGGCUGCAGCACUCCUGAAGGCUGCUAAGGAGGUAUCUGUGGUCAAUAGAAGUCAAAACGUGACCAGCGUGGGACCAAAUGCCAGCUUAUGCCUCUUUGAAACGUCUCUGUAAUGAAACCCAUGGAUGAUAGAAAAGAAUUACAUCAAAUACUCUGACAAAUAGGACACUUUUGGAUCCCAAUAAGUCUGGUUGAUGGGGACCUACAAGAUAAUUGUGGUUGCUCUUCAGUUAUUGAAAUAUGAGUUGUACAGUAUUGUUGGCUAGAACUUACAUUUAAUUAGCCUUUUUACGAUAGAUGAGGUGUUUGAUAAUAACCACGGAUGAGUUUAUUUUUUCUGGUGAAAACCUACCUCUAUAUAUUGUUAUUUUAGAUCGGGGGUGUGGGAAGGGACAAUCAUUUCUAGGUGGAAGUUGUACUGCUCAUUAUAUGCACUGAUGUCUUAAACCGGAUAGUCUGAUAUUACCAGGACCACAGGAGAAUCUACUGGGAUUCUAUUAGGUUUAGACCGCAGACAAUGUUGCUAGCAGUUUUAAUCUACACCCAUUAUUGUGAACGUCUUGUUAAAAUUCUCAUGCAUUUUAUUGAUGAAACAUUCAUCAUUGGGGAACUUGAAUUCUCUGGACAAUCCUGUGUACUUCCUUGUAUUACAUGCUCUUGUCCUUUUAACAGUUUCUUUUCAAUUAUUGUAUUUUUAUAUAUACAUUUUAUUGUA